AAACAAACAAAAAAACAUAGCCAAAAAAAAAAAAACCUUUCAGCAUCUUCAUCAUCAAUCAUGCAGCCAAGUGAUGCUUCAGAGCUUUAUUACCUCGUCCCUUCAAGCUCAUCUCCUCACUCAGCUUAUCUUAGCACAAUAAGCAACAACAACAUGCAAGAAUUUCACUUAAACCAGUACCUGAAUCCUUCAUGCAAUUUCAGUUUCAACCCUCAAGUUCAGGAACUCAACCUACAGUCCCCAUGUUUCAGCAACAACUCAACUUCUGAUGAAGCAGAUGAGCAGCAACUGAGCAUCAUCAAUGAGAGAAAGCAGCGACGCAUGAUAUCUAACAGAGAAUCUGCACGAAGAUCAAGAAUGCGAAAGCAAAGACACCUAGAUGAACUCCUGUCACAGGUGGCUUGGCUCCGGAACGAGAAUCACCAGCUCAUAAAUAAACUGAACCAGGUCUCAGAAAGCCAUGACUGUGUCCUCCAAGAAAACGCUCAGCUCAAAGAGGAAACCUCCGAGCUCCGACAACUUGUCACCACCAUGAAGCUGAGAAGCCAAUAUUCUUGCUUGGAAGACUUCCCCUGUAACAUGACUCAUCCAAGAACUGAGCCCUCAAAUUAAUCCGUCGCCAGUUUUAUUCAGCAGAGGAAGAGGAAUGCCAUUUUGGAUAACUGGUCUUGGUACUUCUAGAGAUGCACGAACAAGGAAUCAUGAAAAUGGACCAAUCAUUUCUAACCUGGACAAAAAAAAAAAGGUAUACAGUUAUCUACCAGUGAACAUAUUUUAGUGGGAUAUACUUUUUAC